UUGGGACGCUCCAAUAGUUACUAUGAUGAAGACAAAAUUAAAUGUAUAGAAAAAAUAACCAGAGGUCAAAAUGAAAACACAAAUUGGAAUCUAUUUAGAAAGCAUGUUAUUACUGCCUCUAAAGCACAUGAUGUUAAAGCUAGACAUGCAACAUUACAAAGAGCCAAGGAUACCAGUGAUGUGAAUCUUCUAUCAAUUUUUGAUAAGAUUUCUGGGAACGAUUUGAACUUAAGUGUUCCUGCAGUGAGAUAUGGACAGACUAUGGAGAAUGAAGCAGUUGAUUCAUUUGUUGAAAAUUUCAAGGUAGCUCACAAAGAUGUUUCUGUGACUGAAUGUGGUUUGUUUCUUUUGAAAGAUAUGCAUUUUGUAGGUGCUAGCCCAGACCAUAUAAUUGAAUGCUCAUGUUGUGGUACAGCCUGCCUGGAAAUUAAAUGUCAUUUUUCUAUAAGACAUACAACACCUACAGACAAAAUGGUUUUGAACAGAAACCAUAAAUAUUUUAAACAAUGUCAAGUGCAAAUGGCUUCAGUUGGGUUAUCAACCUGUCAUUUCUAUGUUUGGACACCUCAUGGCAGCUUUCUUGAGAAGAUUAGUUUUGAUGAGAUGAACUGGUUGCAGCUGAAACACACUUUGGAGGACUUUUAUGUUAACUAUUAUGUUCCUUAUCUGUUUAAUGAAUAAGGUUUAAGCACCUUUACAGAACUAUUUGGCUCAGUCUAUUUACUAUUUUGCGUGUUGCGUGUGUCCAUGAAUUUUAUUGCAUAAAUUUUAAUUGGAUUCUGGUGGCAGCUAUGGACAUGAUAUCAACUUUCUGAAUGGAUGUACUGUUGUAAAAGUCAAGCAGGUCUGCUCCAUCGAAACAUACCUGAGUUAUUCUGCUGAUAUUAGGUUCAAAUCAAAAUAAUGUACAUGAAAAAUAAUGAUUAGCCCAUGGGUGGGGAUCAUUAUUGUAACUACACCCAGCCUCCACACACACCUAACAGUCCCCAAGUGGACUUUUUACUGCAUGUGCAGAGCCAUAUUUUGACUAAAUGUUUAAUGUCUGACUGUCAUUUUGCUGCCUACUCUGUGCUUCUUUACAAAAUAUGUCUUGAACAGAAAUCUUGCCUGGUCUUUAGGGCAUUUAUGUAGCCAAACUAAUGAUUGUAUUUUAUUUUUGAACAUGAGCAAAUGAGCCUUUUAGUACAAGCAAUGUUUUAAGACUUCUGUUAUGCUGUUAGGUAGUUUGAAAUAAAUUUCUAGUUUUAUUUCUAAAAUUCAAAUGUGUUUAAUUUCUUUUGUGUAUUUUAUCAUUUCCGGGAGGCAGAGGGGACAUGGUCACUCUUUUCAAAUCUUGUAGGGAUAUGCUAACAUUUUUUGUUUUCAUAAAACUUUUUUAAAAUUCAGUAAAAAUUCUUUGGUUUAUAAAAAUUUCAUAUAUAUACUCUUUCAAACAGUGAUACACUUCUUAAACAUUUUUACAAUUAUGCUUUCUAUUUAAAUGUUUUAGGACUACAUUUUAUGGAUAACACAACAUCACUUGCCUUAACUUUUCAAGGUGCGCAAUAACCAUUUAGCCAGCAAAAAUUCACAUUACCAGAACCAUAAACUAUAUGUACCAUGGUUGUAGAAAGUAAGUAACUUAUUUGAAAAAAGUUUGAUUUCUUAUUGGAAAUUGAAAUUGUAAUAAUUCUUAUUACAAUAAAGAGGCAUGGAUGAAACAGACACAAAACUGAACUGAGGUUUUUCCUUGAGUGCUUUCCUUGAGUUUCAAAAGAUCUACUGAUCUACUGUAAUGAGAGGUAUAUCUUUCAUUCAUUUGAUUUCUUUUAUUUUAGUCAGUGGGGGCUGAAUGUUGCAUAAAGCAGCACACACUUGUAUAAUGCCAUCUGCUAGAGGUAACAUGUUUAUUGGCAUAAUGUUUUUUAUAAUUUUGAAUUCUUUUAUCCUGUUGAUGGCUCUUUCAACAUGAAUCCUCAAAUUUGCAACCAUUCUUGUCUUUUUGCACUCAUAGGAAGUCAUCUGUGACUUCACUCUGGCACCUGGGGGGACAUUUAAAGAACAAUAGAAAUGGAGUAAAUCCUCUUUCGAAACAAUAGAAAUCAUCGCCAGGAUCCAAAAGAUUAUAAAGUCCACUAUUGGAACAAAUAAACUGGUCAGAUGUUCUUCCACCAUAACAACUAGAUAAAAACAUGAUAUAGCCAUGAGGUGAUAUUGCUACCAGUACCUUCAGUGUAUUGUGCUUUUUGUAAUCAGACCAGGUACUAGCUUGAGCAUGUAAUGACUUGGACCUCUCCAUGAAUAUAUCAGUGCAGUCAAUAAUGCAUCUUGUUUUCGGACUUAUCUUUUUAAAAGAAUCAGGGAGAUUGCUUCGAAUGACAUCUCGAGGUAACCACCUGACUAAAGCUUUUCCAUAAAGUGCUGCCAGCAUCUUAAUCCAAGUGGUGAAUAUAUUUGAGCACACACCAGGUGAGAUUCUGAAUCUGUCUGCCAGAUCCUCAUUCAUCAAACCCAGCCGCAAUCUCAUAAGGACGAGCAAAAACUGAUCUCUCAGGGGCACUUUUUGAUUUCUCCUUUUUUUAUUCCCGAUGUAUUUUGAUGGUGAAACAGUUCUUGUUCCCCUCCAGUACACCAUGGAUGGCAAACAAGGUUCAAGUAGGUCAAAAAGCAUGUUGAAUAAUGCAACAGCUUGAAUGCCAUUAUAAAACUUCAUCUUUGAGUCUGACCUGUUUUUUUCUCAAGAAAAUGCUUUUGGUUUAUUCUUCUGUUUUGAAAGCUCGUUCACCUUCCUUUGCAGCUUGCAAUUUUCAGCCUGCAAGAGUCCCACUUCUUUUCAAGGGAUAAAAUCUGUACUGCCUACUUAUGGUGUGGUAUAAAUUUCACACAUUAUUCAAUCUAAUUUGAAUAGUUUUUCAAAAUACCAUAAAAUGUUUUUGGUUUUCAACAGGAUAAGGAUGUGCUGCUGUUUGAAGCCAAGACCGACCUAGCAACCAUCAGCAAUAAAUAUGGAAGAAAGAAUCCGGGCUCACUUUUGGAUCAAUUUCCUAAUCGCAAAAGAAAGCAGGAAGCCAUUCAGUAUUUCAAAGAGAGGCAAUCAAAAGACGUGGUUACACUUUAUCCCCAUCACAUCAGAAAAUGCCUUUUGACUUUGUUUUCCAUCUGUCAAUGUCCAAUGACUUUUGACUAUGAAAUUGAGCCUCUAACCCUGAGCUUAUUUAUGUUAUCACCUUUUUUGGUCCUGCAGUCCUAGAUAUAACAUACAAACAAAUGGGUUUGAUGUCAGCCAGAGACUACCAUGCACCUUUGCGAACACUCUAACCGUCAUUGCAUAAAAUUGCUGCUGAAAAACGAGAGACAAGCCGAAGUCAAGCGUUCAUUAUUUUUUUCGCUUGAAUCUGUUUGUAGAUUCUUAUGAGCUGGUCUCAACCAUGAUAGACAGGUCAUUUGCUGGAAAAAUUAGGCCUUUUUUCCUGUCAAGGUUUUCUCUUCAGAUUCCUUGCCAAGAAACAUUUUGGAAAAGAUUAAGACUUGGGGCAUGUUGAAAUUUGCCGAAAAAUUCAAAAUGGCGGAAUUUUUCAAAAUGGCGGACUUUUUACACUGUUUUGGCCAUAAUGCUCCGAUUUAAUCUUCUAAGAAAAGCAUUACUUGGCAUCAAAGUGUCCUAUUACGUCAUAAACAUAUUUGUUGCCAUGAAUGAUCAUCAAAAAUUCAAAAUGGUGCUCUUAAGGAGGUAGAACUAAAAAGAAAUCAACAAUUUUGGCGCUUCGCUCCAUACUAACAAAGUUACUGUGGUCAUAUAUUUUUAUACGAUAAACGCAGGAUACACGGGAUAGUAAGUCACCUCAGGAAUUCAUGCCCAUGUCUUUAGGUCAUUUCAUGCUCUCCCAAAUGUUGACAUUAACUAUUUUAACGUUUAUAAACAAAGGUAUAAAUUGCACUAUUUUGAUAACCACAAAUGCAACUUGAGCUUUUGAAAUGUAACCGGCAAUGAGAUAGUAUCUUUCGACUGAGUAGCUUCAGAAUUUAUCUGUGAAGUUUGGAUGAGUUUUCCCCGUGAAAAGAUGUGAUUUGAAGACCAAAGGAUACAUUCAAGGGUACUAUGUAGUUGAAAGUUGUCGACAAUAUUCUCUGUGAUUUUCUUAGCUUUACUAAGAGGGCUUGAUAAUAGAAGAUGCUGAGACAUUUUAAAGGAACGGAAGACAACUUUGCUGUGUUGAAAUUAAACUGUUAAACACUGUAUGGUUAUUGCAGCAUUGGAAUUAUGUCGGCAAAUCCCUACCUGCAAUUCGAUGGUCCUGGAAUUAAUCGGUGUAUUUUAUGCGAUUUGCUUAUUGAUGACAAGGACAAAAAGGCUAUCCAGUCAAUAGCUUUUGAUACCAUUCAGAAGAAUGCUCGUCUUUGGUCAAAAAUCGACAAGCGAGUUUGUAUUGAACAACCUUACAAGGCAUUUCGUGAGGCAUCAUUGAGGCUUCCCCAAUGUUUCACUGAGACAUUGUACACUCAUAAAGGAUGCGCAGUUUCUUUCAGAAGCAGGCUGAAGACAAAACAGUUGCAGUCGGCAAAGCUCGAGGAAAAUGAUGCCUUAUGUGAUGAUCAAGAAUCACGUAAAAGUUAUAGCGAUGACGAAUCAUUAGUCUCCACAAGUAGGAAGAAGAGAACCAAGCUUUUACGAGAAAAAAGAACUGAAAAAUCUUGUUUGAUUUGCAACGAACGUUCGAGUGACGAUGCACUUCCAUACAAUGAUGGGGGAUUGGCACGCUGUUCGGAAGAAAAAGCAGCACUAAAGUUGAAAACCUUGGUUGCCAAGAAGUUGUUAGAUGAGCAAGAUCGCCAUUAUGAAGCAGCUAAGAGAAUUGACAUCUUACUAAAUGGUGCCUCCUAUGAUGUUUUUGCAGCAGAUGUCUAUUAUCAUAAGAAAUGUUAUGCGUCAUUUUCUUAUUCGUAUGACAAGAAGGAGACAUUGGCAUAUAACGCGGAGCAGGAACGGAAAGUUAUGGGGUACUUUGAUGAGAUGAUUAGGCGAAGGGUGAUUCAAGAUAAAGAAUCCUUUCUCAUGACUGAGCUGUUAAAAGACUUUGCAGAGAUCAGUUCUGACUUUGGUCUAAGCGAACCACCUAUAAGGCAAACAAAGUAUCUGAAGACACAUAUUGAGCAAACCUUUCCAGAUGAAAUUGCCUUUUCUAAAGUUGGUCAGAAGAAACAAGUCCUGCAUUCCAACACAGUUGGACCUGUUACCUAUGUCGAGGCUGCAUUGAAGGGUCAUGGUUUGAGAGAAGUUGAUCUAACCAAGGCUUUUGCCAGACUUGUAAGAAGAAAACUGGCAAACAGACAUCCACUUACCUGGCCACCAACAACUGAAGAGCUUUGUGAGUCUUUGGAGACUUUUUUCCCGCUAGAGUGUAUUUUCAAUGCAAUUGCUCUGUCGUUGAAUGACAAAUGGCCUAUCAAUCAAAAUGGGAUUGUCAGUGUACCCAAGGACUUGAAUCAAAAAAUAUCCAGUCUUGCUCAGGGAUGGGAAGCACUGACAUUACACGGCAGGUCACCUUUAAACAUUGCGAUGGGCUUGACCGUUAACAGAUUAACCGGAAGUAAGGAGACAUCAAGACUAUUGCACUGUGGUGGUAUUGGAAUAUCUUACAAUGACAUCAGGUUGCUUAGCAAUUCUUGGGCCGAAGCGGUAACAAUGGAGCAUGCUCAGAUGCUUCCACCAGGAUUUGUAAAAGGUAGAGCAGUUCACAUUACUUUUGAUAAUUCUGAUGGCCGACAGCAAACUUUGACUGGGUCACAGACGACGCACCACACCACGGGAACGAUUUCCAACCAUCAUUUCCUGGUGAUAAAGGGACACGUUUAUAUGAACCAUGCGUAGAU